CUGUCAGUAUAAGCAUUUUUCUGCACCACACAUUUUGUAAGCCUGGGAUGGAAUCAUCUUUAAACAUUACACAAUAUUUACAUUUACAGUAUAACAAUCAGCACCAAUGUUGUUACAGAAUGGAAUCAGGACUGCCUGUUUACAUUUUCCCCGUUAUUGUUCAUGCAGUAAUGUCUGAUUGGGUUGAGUUGCCAAAAUUGAGUUCUACAAAAAAUCAAGAUGGCAGUGGUACUUCAGCCUACAAGAUGCCAAUGGUGACAUUGUCAACCCCGGUUCUAGCUGUGUUUACAGACAGCUAUGAUUCAGUAGCCUCAACAAUUCCUAGUUUGAAUCAUGUAGGAGCCAGCUUUUCAUAUUCUGAGAUGAAAAAUAUAAAAACAAAUAAUAGUGAUAUUAUUUCCAAAACAUUACACACAUCAUCUGAAAACUUUGAAUCUGAAAAUAUUGAAGAUAUAAAUAAGAGUACUAAUGAGUCUGAAAUUAUCGAAGAGGCUUUUAAGAAUGCCAAGAAUGAUUUCGUGAUCCAGCCUACUGCAACCACGGCAGAAAAACUCAAAUAUCUUCAUGGUCUGCAAGACAAGUUGUCCUUCCACAUAAGAAGACUCAGCCAGGGGGUCUGGACAGAUAGGCAAGCUCGGGGGAAGAAACUUAUGGGAUUCGCUUCAAUGGAGGGAGCUUUAAUGACCAUAGCAUUCCUUACAUUUGCAGUAUUUCUGAUAAAAAUUGUUCAUCAAUUUAUCCGAGGGCUGCAAGACACAGAUUUGACAAUGGUUCUGACUCUACCGACAACUGCUGCUCCGGUCCGUCUCUCCCGCCACUCCCGGUCUGAGAGACAGCUUGCGGCAGCCCAGCUGCUGCAGUACAUGGACCAAUUUUCUAUCAAGCACAGAUUGUAUUGUGAUUCUCCAUAAAAUAAAUAAGUUAUACUAAUUUCAAAUCAGUUUGGUAUGAGGAUUACUAUAAUGGAACAACUUCUACUGAACAUUUGUCUUAUAAAAACCAAUGUGUCAAUAAAUAUAUUUUUCUUGGUGAA